GUAAAAGUCAAGUAUGUAGAGGAAAACAGUGAAAAUAAAUAUACGUAUCUGUUUUAUUGAAAAGAAAUUUGCUUUCUUGGAUUGAGAUUAAGUUUAUUUCUAUUUGUUUUAAUAGAAACAGUAAUGAUACAGAUAACCUAAAAAUAAUGUUAUUUUCGAAAAAUAAAAGAUUUCAUGCACUGAUAUCGUUUUCAUAAUAAAACAAACACGCACUUAUACAAAACAUUCACAAUUGUUGGGGAUUGAAUUAACGAAGAUGUUGUUAAAAAUUGCAUUUUUAAUAGCUGCAACCUUGCAGUUUUGUGUUGGACGCAAACAUCAUUUGGAAAUUGAGGGUGACGUUCGCAGAUAUAUUUCACUUAGCACAUUCGGAUUCUUUAAUGGUGGUACAUUAGAUGUGAAUCUAUAUAAUUUUCGCGUAGACGAUGGACGUGAAGGUGAAAUGUUCGGUUUGACCUUAGACAAGACGAGAAGCGAUGCAAUGAAUCCAUUUAUUGAUAAUCAUCAGGAUAAAUGCAUUCUUGAGGAACCAGCUUCAAUGCAACACAACGGUCCAAUCGCUUAUCUGUCGAUGGAUCUCAAAAAUAAACAAGUGACUGUAAAUUGUUCAAAAGAUUGGCAUAACAUUCAUAUCUACAAGGAUCGAACUCAGUUGCCAAAUCUUGCACAAAAACGAGAUGAAUCCAAUUUGUAUGCAAACAUGUUGUUGGAGAGUCAACGUCGCAAACGAUCUGCCGAACCGAGUCAAUAUGAAGAAGCGGCCAAUGCCAGGUGUAACAACAUCAGAUUACCAAUGUACGCCACCAAAAUGGAAGGUUUGGGGUUCAGUUACUACAAUUUUUCGUUUGUGAUGUAUGUUUUAACCGAAAACGAGGAAGGUCUUUACAAUUUAUACUUUCACGCCUGUCCAAAUUAUCAGCGAAACAUGUUUGCACUCAAUUUUAAUAUCAACAUUGAAGAAGCGAACAAAAGUAACUUUUUAUCAGCUGGAGAAAUGCCUUUGCCCGAACUUUAUUUCAUGAUGUCACUCAUCUUCUUUUUAUCGGGCUUAUUUUGGCUAUUUCUUCUGAAGAAGAGCACACAUACUGUAUUCCGGAUCCAUUAUAUCAUGAGCGUUUUGGUAUUUUUGAAAUCACUUUCGCUGAUGUUCCACUCCAUCAAUUAUCAUUACAUCGAUAAAGAGGGUGAACACAUUGAAGCUUGGGCCAUUUUAUACUAUGUGACUCAUUUACUUAAGGGUGCCGUACUAUUUAUUACCAUUGUUCUAAUUGGCACUGGUUGGACAUUUAUAAAACAUAUUUUGGCUGACAAGGAUAAAAAGCUAUUUAUGAUUGUGAUUCCGUUGCAAAUUUUGGCAAAUGUAGCUGAAAUCAUUAUUGAUGAAAGUGAAGAAGGUGACAUUGAACGAGCCACUUGGACAAAUAUAUUCAUUUUAGUGGAUUUGAUAUGUUGCGGUGCAAUUCUAUUUCCGGUUGUAUGGUCCAUUCGACAUCUUCAAGAUGCAUCGUCGACAGAUGGCAAAGCAGCGACAAACUUGAAGAAAUUACGGCUCUUCCGACAAUUUUACAUCAUGAUCGUGUGUUACAUUUACUUCACUCGCAUUAUUGUAUAUUUGCUGCGGGCAACUGUCCCCUUCCAAUACGUUUGGCUUGAUGAAAUGUUCAAAGAAUCGGCUACAUACAUAUUUUAUGCACUAACAGCAUACAAAUUUCGACCGGUUCCAAUCCACCCUUACUUUGCUGAAGACAGCGACGAUGAACAAGAUGAUGAAGUUGAAAUAUUGUAUGAAAGUGGCUUAACACAAGGAUUAAAAAAUCGAAAUAUGAUUCAGUCAUCGGCAACAUUGGUAGCUGUGCCAAAGACACAUGCCAAAUCGAACGCUCACAAUGCCGAUGGUGAUGAUGAUGAGAAGGAAAAUCUGAUCAGCAAUCGCGAAUCAAGCCAUGAAUACGAUUAAUUGUACAUAAAUUUGUAGCUAAGUCAAGUUUAACCAUAGUAUUUUAAAUUUAUUGUGAUCGUGAGAACGAACUGAAGGUACAGCUUAUCAUCCAAUUGAAUGCAUAUUUUGAUGGAAUAUAUAACACCUAUUUCUUUUCUCUAAGACUUUUUGUAUCCAUUUUUUAGCUGAAUAAAAAUAGCGAAUUCAUCCGAGUCAA